AUGGCCAGCAGCACGGAGGAUUACGGCUCGGAGCUGCAGGAGCUGCAAUGGGGCGGCUCCACGGGCUCGCACUUCCUCAGGGGAAGCACGCACUUCUCCCGGUCCGGCGGUCUGGGAGGUCCCGGGGGUCCUGGAGGCCCCGGGGGUUGCUACGAGGCCGAGGACCUCGAGUCGACUGGAAGACACCAGGCUGGCCAACACCGGGGGUACUACAGUCCACCGGGCACCAGCUACACCAUCGUCGAGAGGCCACCCAGUGCCCCACAUCACCACUCCUCGCACACCACCCCCUAUAGGCAUCGUGGACACCCUGGCACUGCCAGUGGACCCAUCUCGCCGGAACAAGUCCUCAGGCUUUUCGGAAAUGGACCCUCGGAGAGGAGGCAAACGGACAGGCGCACUCCUGCGUCCAGUCCUGCCAGCGUAUCUGCCCUCCGAAGCAGCUCCUCUCAACCAACCUCCCAGAAUCCUCAAUCUCCGCCGAUGCCGCAGCCCCUGAGCUUGCAGGAGCUUACAGUAAGAACAAUCACUAUGACCAGGGAUCCGCCGGAUUCCCACCACGGCUUCGGGAUCUGCGUCAAGGGCGGCAAGGAUGCCGAUGCGCAGUCAGGGGUUGGUGUCUACAUCUCCAGGGUGGAGGAGGGUUCGGUGGCUGAACGAGCCGGUCUCAGACCUGGGGACACCAUUUUGGAAGUAAACGGCACCCCCUUUCGAGCCGUUACCCACGAGGAAGCCCUUAAGAUGUUGAAGUCCUGUCGCACCCUGAGCAUGACGGUACGAGGUCCGGCGCUGGACCCGCGAUGCCGAGGAGGACAUCCGGUGUGGUCGUCCUCGGGACGUCAGCAAUCCUGCAGUUGGAUGGACCGCCAGGGUCGGCCAGCAUCCCCGCCUCCUCUGCAUCCUAGGGAUGCCCGAUACGGACCCAGAACGCGCAAAGUCGAGCUCUGCAUCGAGCCUGGCCAGUCCUUGGGCCUGAUGAUCCGUGGGGGCCUAGAAUAUGGUCUUGGGAUCUAUGUCACCGGGGUGGAUAAGGACAGCGUCGCCGACCGAGCUGGUCUCCUGGUGGGCGAUCAGAUAAUCGAAGUUAAUGGGCAGAGCUUCGAGGAGGCUACUCACGAUGAAGCGGUGCAGAUCUUGAAGACCAACAAGAGGAUGACUCUUUUGAUCCGGGACGUUGGUAAAGUGCCCCAUUCCUGUACCACCAGUCAGCCAAUCGUUAUGCCGACGUCACGGUAUCAAGACCAUCAAGAAUCCAUCUUGAUGGACAGUCCUGGAAAUCAUCGGCCCCCGAGUCCGGCGAGCUGUACGAACGAAUGGAGGCACAGAGGCGUGCACACGGUGUCUUCGGCAACGGCGGCCAUGGUGGAGGAGAAGGCAAGAGUCGUCCUCGCCAGGAGCGAAAGGGCGGCGCUUUCCCAGCUUUUGGCGGAUUACAGGACUCGCAGGAUCACCGUGGAGGAGCUCGUGGCGAGCCUUGCGGAUCUAUUGAACACACACGAGAAGCUCACCUUGCUCACCGAACUCCGAGAGCUCGUUGACAGCAAAGACCGGGCUGCCUUCGACGAUUUGGUCUAUCGGCCUCGCUCCUCCGUAACCAGGAGAAAAGGUGACAGAGCACACUCGGACCUCAUAGUUACUCCGUCUCUGCACGACCUUCCGAGAGUCGCUCCCAGUGGCGGCUGUUGCCGACCAGGAAGACUGCUGGACGUCGAGGGAGAUCCCCUGGGAGUCACGGGACCGCUCCUGCCACGGGAUAACCACGAAUAUAGAUCGCCCAGCGAGGACAGCGGCCUCGGGCAGGACAUGCCCAGGACGAGAGUGGGCUGCAGGAGAGCUCAUCAGCAUCAGGUCGCAACCUCUGACCUCGCCCUCUCCAACGAUGACGAGUGUGACAAUCAGGACUACGAAGACGAGGCGGAAAACGAUCGAGGUCGACGGCACAGUUCACCAGGGGGUUCCCGGGGGAACGCCAGGGACUACGGUCAUCAUCAUCUUCAUCCCGACAAUUUG